AUGGACGACCUCAUGACGGCCUUUGCAGGCAAUGAUCUAGGGCCUCCAGCAAAGGAGAGAUCUCCCUCUCGCACCACUACUAGACUUGCUGCUGAAACUACAGUAUCCCGUCCAUCCACGAUGUCCCUGGAAGAGAGAGUAUUUGGUCAUCCUCUUGUGAUUGAGGCGAAGCUCAAGGCCGAAUCAACGUCAAUUACCUCGCCUGUGACUCAAAUACGCAUCCGUCCGGCUCAAGACGAACACCAAGUUCCCAAGGGCUCCAAUUGUGACGUCCUCCCUAAUCUUAUGAGUAUUGACUCAAUUCAAAAUCUAAAUGACAAUCUUCCUGAGUUCAGUACCAAUACGGGGCUUUCUUCCUCUGACGCCUUGACACCAACAACCAGUGCCUCUGAGCCGACGUACAUUGCUCGAUUUGGAGACCGAAAUAAGCCAAAAGUGUUUGCCUCAACCAUUGAUGCCACGCAAAUGGCCCCCAAGUCCGCAGCGGCUUCCAACAUUUCAACAGUCGCUUUGACCAACGGCGGUUCCGAAAGAAAUGCUGGGCUUGCAUCAGAACUUGAAGUGACCACAAAGAACACACAGAGAGCCUCCACUCAGCCACCCAAAUCUCAGCCUGAGAUGAAGCCUACGAUCGAGGGUACAAGUGAACACCCCAAGGCUUCUGCUCUAAAUUCAGCUCUGACACAAACGCUCGAGCGUUUCCAUCAGUAUGACACUGACAGAGACAACGAGUUCUUUAGCAUACUGGAUGGGAUGGAGCGAUUAGAGCUACAGAACAGCAAGCUCCAAAAAAAUAAUCGUGAGCUACGCCUGGAGAACACCCGUCUCAACACAGACAAUGCAAGAGCAGAUGGAAAGCUUUCGGCUACAGAUAAUAUAAGCCCAACUCCCACACAAGGCAGUUAUCAAGAGCGAGCUCAAGUAGCGGAGCGACGCUUGUGGGAAGUCCAGCAACAGAUAUCCCGAAAUCCGUUUGCCUUCGUCUUAAUUGACGGAUCCGGAUACAAUUUCCUACCAAGAAUACUUGUUGGGAGACGAGGAGGCUUACACACUGCUGAAAAACUUAAAGGCGAGCUCAUGGAAUACCUCUGCCAAUCAUCAAAUGAAGGAAAGGACUGGACUUUGAUAGUUCGCAUUUACGUCAACCUCCAACAGGUGUGCAGGAGUACAAAAACAGCAAUAGAGACAGUGCGCGACUUCGUCUACGGUUUCAAUGAGCCCUACCCAGGCUUUGAUAUCAUAGAUACUGGUGGACAAGUCCCAAGGAAGAAGAUUAUUGAUAUCUUCACGCUACACGCACGUAAUCGCCACUGUAAAUCAGCUCUUCUAGGAUGUGUACAUGACCAAAGCUUUGCCGGCCUAAUAGCUUCUUGUGCGAGGGACCCAAUAAUGCCUUCGAUUACCCUAAUAAGCGCGGGAUCUUCAACAGUCCUUUCGCCACAUCAAACGAGGCCUUUUCAGGUGAUCGAAUUACGCUCGCUCUUCAUAUAUGAGGAUAGUAGCGAUAAUGAGAGGGCUUCCGACGCAGAUCUCGAACAAAUUGAACCACACCACCGGCUUGGUCAAUCCACUUCCCCAUCCUUCUCGUCUGGUAGAUACGAUCAGAAUGCUCCCAGCAGUAGUGAAGCUUCAGUUGAUGGUUGGAGGGAGUAUGUAAGAGCUUCAUCGUCGGUUGAGAACGAACCGGACGCCGUAGCCGGGGAAUGGAAGGAUGAUCGAGCCUUGUCAAUACUCCUCAAUGUCGACGGCAAGCGUGUUGAUGAAACCCUACCUUAUUGUUCACCACGAGCCUACGAAAAUAUCAAGAAAUCGCCAGAGUCACGGCGCUUUUGCGCAAGGUUCCAUAUUCUUGCUGCUGGUUGGGUCAUCAUUGUCGAAAAGGGCAACAAUGUACUUAUGGAACCAAAUGCCAAUGGUACAGUACACAUCGCAUAG